AUGCCUCAUUUUCCUCAACUCUCGCUCUUGAACACCUUCUACACUGGCCUUCUUGAGGAGCUAACUCUGCAUUUGUUCCGAUCCAGCUGGCUCAAGGCUCUUGGUGAUCUUGCGUGCUAUUGCAUGGCUGUGGGAUCUGUAGAUCUGCUGCUUCAGAUACCCAUCAACUUGGAGCUAAGCGCUAAACUAAAGGCCUACAAAAUUGCUGCUUUCAUACAUUUUGCACAUUUUCUUCUUGGUGCUGAUACAUUGCUGCAACUUCAGCUGCAGCAUGCACGAGGUAUUUUGCCUUAUAUACUGCGCUAUCAUGCUGACUGUUUUCUUGUCUCCUGGCAUUCAUUUAGUAUCAUGUCUCAUUUCUCUCGGAACACGUCUGACUCAGAUGAUGAAUGGGAUGCAGAGCCCAUCAUUGAAUCUGUCACAAUUCCAGGGCCAAAUGCCUCGAAAGGAGACCUCAUGGAGGCACUUAAAACACUGCAGGUCCAGGUUCAGAAACUCGUUGAGGAAAAUCACACUCUUUGCAAGGAGAACAAAGUUCUCAUUGCUGAGAAGCUGAAACACAAAUGUCGCGCAGAAGCACUCAAUGAACUCCUAGCUUACAAGCAAACAAUAACACUUUACACUCAUAAAUAUGGCAUGACUAUUGAGAUGUUUCCCAAUGCCAAACUUCUCAGCAAGCAAUGUCCUCUGAAUCCAACUCCAUUCAACAGCUGA